GCUACCACCACCUGGCUUUCAAGAUUGAGGUUGAAUUGAUGGUGGAAAGGCGUUUCAAAGAUUCUGUAUAAAUUAUAAUGGCAACUGGUAAAUCCUUGCGAGUGCUCAAACUACUGCAGGAUGUUGGCAAAGCAUCAUGCAGUUGUCCAGCCCACUCUCAGGCUUUUGGGGGAGGUAUUGCACUGGCGCCUCCGGGGUCUCGUAUGCCACUCAAAUCUUGCUCCACGUCAGCUGAACAGCCUGACUAUGCAUUUGAGAUGGCGUGCUCCAACAUUCGAUUUGGAAAUGGGGUGACUCAGGAAGUUGGCUGGGACUUUGAGCACAUGGGUUCAAAGAAUGUUUGCGUGGUGACAGAUAAGAAGUUAGCAAGCCUUCCAAUCAUGGACACUGUUCUGGAGUCCCUGAAUGCGGCUAAAGUCAACUAUGAGGUAUUUGACAGUGUCAGGGUUGAGCCAACUGAUAUAAGUUUUCACGAGGCCAUCUCUUUUGUGAAAGCCCGAAACUUUGAUGCCUACCUGGCUGUUGGAGGGGGCUCUGUCAUGGACACCUGCAAGGCUGCCAAUCUCUACGAUUCUCACCGGGAUGCCGAAUUUCUGGAUUUCGUCAACGCCCCCGUCGGUAAGGGACUCCCAAUCCCAGGAGCAGUAAAGCCUCUCAUUGCAAUUCCCACUACAUCGGGGACUGGGAGCGAGACUACAGGGGUGUCUAUAUUUGACUACACUCCACUCCGAGCUAAAACAGGUAUUGCUAGCAGAGUGAUCAGGCCGUUGCUGGGUAUUGUUGAUCCCUUGCACACCCUCAGCAUGCCUAACAGAGUUACUACUUACAGUGGGUUUGAUGUGCUGUGCCAUGCUCUGGAGUCCUACACUGCCAUCCCAUACAACGAGCGCAAACCAAGACCAACCCACCCCAAGAACCGACCAGCCUACCAAGGGAGCAACCCCAUCAGUGAUAUCUGGUCUAGCCACGCCCUUAGGAUGCUUCAGAAGUUCUUCAAGAGAGCUGUGGCUGACCCGGAAGAUUUGGAGGCUCGUUCCGAGAUGCAUCUAGCCAGCGUCUUUGCUGGUGUGGGCUUCGGCAAUGCUGGUGUUCAUCUAUGCCAUGGUAUGUCGUACCCUAUCGCUGGUAUGGUGAAGGAAUACAAGUCUCGUGACUACGAUGUGGACCAUGCUAUCGUGCCCCAUGGCUUGUCUGUUGUCGUGACAGCACCUGCCGUCUUCAACUUCACAGGGCCCAGCUGUCCUGAAAGACAUUUGGAGGCUGCUAAACUUCUCGGCACUGACAUCACGGGAGUCAAGCUCGCGGACGCAGGCCGCUGCUUGGCCGACACCGUCAGGAAGUACAUGUACGACCUGGAAGUAGACGACGGACUGGGGUCGUUGGGCUACGACUCUUCGGACAUCCCCGGGUUAGUCAAAGGCACACUGCCACAGCACCGUGUGACCAAGCUUGCACCCCGCCCUCAGAGCGAGGAAGACCUUGCAUCCAUGUUUGAGAGUUCCAUGAAAGUUUAUUAAUGGAACGUGGCCUUCGUCGUCCUUGUGUGCUGCAACUCAAGAUCCAGAGUAAUGGAUAAAUUUCCUCCUUUAUAUUUAAAGGGAACAAGUCACCAAACAAUAUUUCGGCCAGAUACUUGGUGAUUUUGUACAAGCAUACUGGCCAACGUUAUUCUUUGUAGGUGAUUCGUUCCCUUUAAAUCUAUCCAUUCAUUCUGUUGGAAUUUAUCUUGAGGUAUUCAAAAAGAAAAUGAAAUAUUCAAUGAAUGAUCAUUUGUUAUUUCAUCUGGCUAAAUCAGAGUUCAAUCAGUUUUUAUAUUUAUCACACGGCCAGUAUUAUCCAAUAUGUAUGAUUAUGAAAGUAAUAACUUGGUACAUUUCGUACAUUUACUUGUGUGCCUCGUAUCAAUACUUCAGGGCAGAAAAUAUUGCAGAAACGUAAGCUUAAUUUUUAAAGAUUUUGGCAACUGUUAUGUGAAUCCACUUCCUUCAUUCGCACAAAAUGGUUAAAUAUCCAUUAUAUGCAUUACAUUUUGUAUUCUUUGCUAAUGAUCCAAUGACAAUCGAAAAUUAGAAUGAUUGUUUAUAGAACUACUCAAGUAAUGAAGAUAUAAUGAAAUUGAAACUACUUUUGAAAGUUUGGUGCUAAAAUGGCAUGCACAUUUUCAUUGAUCAGUAAUUUUCAUAAUGUAGCCAUUAUUCUUGUGUUUCUUUAUUUUUUCAUUUGAAUUUCAAAAUUGGUUUACUGCUCAGCAUUUAAAAUCAUGGUAAUAAGACAUGUUUUCUACUCAAGACAAGAUGUUCAUUUGAUUAUGUAACUAAUAAUUUAAUCAGCUAUAAUUCCAAAACCAUUGUGAUAUAGAUAGAAUUUUUAUGAUAUAUAUAUAUUUUUUGAUGAUGAUGAUGAUGAUGAUGAUGAUGAUUAUGAUGAUGAUGAUGAUGAUGACGAUGAUGAUGAUGAUGAUAAUGAUGAAUGUGAUGACGGCAACAAUAUUAAUUAUGAUUCAUAGAGUGAUAAUAUUGUUUACCAUGAGAAUCAUUUCAAUGGUAGAGUUGAUGAAACAAACAAUCAUGGCAAUAAUGGUUAUUAUUCAAAGUCACUUGUUACAAUGAUUUAGUAGAGGGGCUGUCUGACGGCAUAUGUUCAAACUAAAUGCAGUAUGAAUACAUGCAUUGCAAAGCCAUUUAAAGUUUAUUUUUAUACAUAUUUUUAUGGCUGAGCCUUCUACAUCUUAUAUUCUAAUUUUCUCUGCCAGGUUGAUGUGAAAUUUUAUUACAUGUCCUUUCUGGGUGCUAUAUAAAAUGGACUUUACAUUUGUAAUUUUUUUUUGUUCUCCAUUGUUGCCUGUGCCAAAUGUUUGUGAUUAUCAAAAUGAUGUAUGAGAUAUAUUUUUGUAAAAGCAAACGAUGAUGAUGAAAUUGUAUACCGUCCUAAAGAACCCUAUUAUGUAUGUGAUUCAAUUGCGGUUGAUUAUUACAGAUUUUUAAGCAAAGAAAA